AUGGUGGCCAUGGCGGCGCCAGGGCGAGCGGCGCUCCUGGCCGUCGCGCUCCUGUUCGGCGCCUUCUUCCCACCCGCGUCCGCCGCGUCCUCGUACCCCGCAAGGAUUGCGGGCAGGCUCCUGUCCACCACGGCGUCGGCGGUGGCCAAGCAGCUGUGGUCGCUCAAAUCGGCUGCCACCAAGACGGCGACGGCGGCCGUGGCGGGGCGGUCCAUGGUGCGGUACGAGGGCGGGUACGCGGUGGACACGGUGUUCGACGGCAGCAAACUGGGGAUCGAGCCGCACGCCGUCGAGAUCACCCCCGCCGGCGACCUCCUCGUGCUCGACUCCAUCAACAGCAACAUCUACAGGGUCCAGCUGCCGCUGUCACCAUACAGCAGACCAAAGCUCCUUGCUGGUUCUCCAGAAGGUUUAUCUGGCCAUGUGGAUGGAAGGCUGAGAGAAGCGAGGAUGAACCAUCCUAAGGGGUUCACUGUGGACGAUAAGGGCAAUAUUUAUGUUGCAGACGCUAUGAACAUGGCAAUAAGAAAGAUCAGUGAUACAGGGGUUACAACCAUUGCUGGGGGAAAAUCAAUUAGAGGAGGGCACAUCGAUGGGCCCAGUGAUGAUGCAAAAUUUUCAACUGAUUUUGAGAUCCAGUACAUCAGUAGUAGCUGCUCUCUCUUGGUCAUUGAUAGAGGAAACCAAGCAAUUCGAGAGAUUCCACUCAACGAUGAUGACUGUACAUAUCAGUAUGAAGCUGGUUUUCCACUAGGGUUUGCAUUGCUUUGUGCUGCUGGUUUCUUUGGUUAUAUGCUUGCAUUGCUCCAACGCCGGCUUUUAGGGAUGGCAUCAACAACAGAUGAACCUCAAGCGCCUCCAAGACCCAGCAUUGCAAGUAUCCCUCCAUUCCAGAAGCCUUUAAAUCCUUAUGUUCGUCAACCAUUCAUCCCAAGAGAAGAAAUUGCAAAACAGGAAACUGAAGAGGGGUUCUUCACCUCAGCUGGCAAACUCAUUGGAGGGGCAAAAUCAUCUGUGGCUGAGAUAUUUGGUUUCAAGAAGAAGCGCGUGAGCGGCCCAUACCAUCAGCAGCAACGAAGAGCUAACCCUUGGCCAGUGCAAGAAAGCUAUGCCAUCCCACACGAUGAACCCCCUCCAGCACUGGACACAAGAGCACCAACCCCUCAGAAGAACUACAGCUUGAUGACAAAGGAGCCUGAGAAGAUCCACUACGUCCGCCAUGGGCACCCGCACCUGUAUUUCAAUAGCUGGGACGGUCACCGUCACCCUCAGCAGCAGCCGGACCCGCAACUGUAUCACCAACAGCAGCACCUGCAGCAGCACAGGCAGUACUCUGCAGGCCCGCAGACAUUUUACAAGCAGAGCUGUGAGGCUACAAAUGAGAUCGUCUUUGGCGCGGUCCAGGAGGUGGACAGCAAGCGGCGCAUGGUCGAGAUCAAGGCUGUGAACUAUGGAGACACAUUCUAUGAGCAGUACGGAAUGCGGUACCGCAACAAUUUCAUUGGCUACAACAACAACAACAACUAUUGA